CUGUCUUCUAUCAAUUGUUUCAGGUUACUGUCCAUUCAACACCAUCAUUAUGUCUGACUUCACCGAGAAGAAUCGCCAGUACUUCGACAAGAUGGCUAGUACAUACAAUGACGAGUUUAAGGAAUUCAUUGAAAAGAAUUGCACAGAGAUUCUUAGCCGCCGUGCGUGGAUCAGUGAUGCCUGGACCGACACCGAGCCUGGCCAGGGUAGGGAGAUCAAGAUGCUCGAGUACGCCUGCGGACCGGGUCCUAUAUCCAUGACUCUAGCUCCCUUCGUAAGCAAGAUCAUCGGCAUGGAUAUUUCAGAUGGCAUGAUCAGCGAGUUCAACAAGAAUGCGAAGGAGGCGGGCUUAGCAAACAAGAUGACUGGAGUUAAAGCUGAUCUUCUCGCCGAAUCUGUGGCGGAGGAACUCUCCGCAGAUGAAUACACCAAUUUCGACCUUGUGGUGGUCAGCAUGGCGCUGCACCACUUUGAGAACCCCGAACUGGCCUUGGCGCGGUUGAGUGAGCGCCUCAAGAAAGGAGGUGUGCUUUUGGUCCUCGAGAUCCUGGCAGCAGGGGGCCACCACGGCCAUCACGGCCAUCACCAUAACCACCACCACCAUGACGAGCAGCAUGAUUCAGCUCAUGGGAAGCUUGACUUUGGCGACGCUGAACACACAAUCGGCAGCCAUGGGUUCACACUCGAGCAGAUUCAGCAACUCUAUGAAGAAGCCGACGUGGGCCUGAAUUUCCAAAGCGAGGUGUUGGAGCAUAAAAUGGCAUUCAAGAUUCAUCAGAAGCUGCCGAAAGCCCUAUUCCUUGCUCGGGGGCAGCGC